GGGAUGUUGUUACCGUGCUGACUAAAUAACAUGCUGCAGUCUUGCAUUUCUUGGCAUUUGAUCCGGAAAAGUGUCGGAUAUCCCACAGUCAAAAGAUUUCUAAAUCUGUCUUACAAAGUUGUAAGUGAAAGUAGCUCGGAAAACCCAGAUUUACCGCCAGUGUUGCUGUUGCAUGGAUUACUGGGACAAAAAAAGCUAUGGGCCUGUUUGGGGAAAACUAUAGCAACAGUAAUGAAACAUUCAGUUUUGACUGUGGAUCUUCGGAACCACGGCGUCAGUCCGCAUCACCCCUCUCAUAAAUAUGAGGACUUAGCAGAGGAUGUCGUCAUGUUGAUGAAUAAGUUGAAAAUAAACAGGGCCGUUUUAAUCGGUCAUAACAUGGGCGGCCGCACUAGCAUGAGCAUCUCGCUAAUGGCGGCAGAGAGGAUAGCAGGGCUUAUAAUUGUGGACAUUUCUCCAGUGUCUAAUUGCAAACAGCUCGCCGAGGAUAUGCUCAUAAUUUUGAAAACUAUGAAAAGCAUUCAUUUUGAUGGACUGAAUACUCGUAAAAGGGCUAGAACAGCGGCCAGGAUUAAGCUUCAUACCCAUAUUUCUGAUAGCAUUACUCUAAAUGCUGUUCUGAAGAAUAUAGACGUUAGGAAAAAUGGAACUAUAGGUUGGAUCUGUAACCUCGAUGCUUUGCUUAAAAAUUUUAACCAUAUAGUUUCGUUCUUUCCUGCACAUUUGCAAAACAUACAAUACAACGGACCUGUACUGUUCAUAGGUGGGCAGCGCUCUGAUUUUAUACCACCGGACGAUUUGCCGGAUAUUCGCUCCAUAUUCCCAAACGUGGUUGUCACAUACAUAACCGGUGCCGGGCACAAUGUACAUGCCCACGAUCCCCGGGCAUUUCUCGAACUCGUCAUCCAAUUCCUAAAGAAGAACAAGGAACUUUUUAAGUAAGAAUUAGUGAUAAUGGUUUUAAGAAAUGAAGCUUUUGUCACCCACCGUUUGAUCCAUUGUUCUAAUGACCAAUGAUUACUAUACACAUAAUAAAUGCCGAAUUUGCCUGAAAUUAGAACUUCCUAAACUUAAAAUUCGAUACUGUCUACUCUUUUCGAACUUAAUUUAUACGAAUGAACAGAAUAAUACGUAGUCGUCCUUAUAAGUUGAACCAAUCCCAGUUCAAAUAUUACAUACAUGGAAUUUGAUCAAAAUCGCAAUUACGAUGCAAUGUUACAAAAUGAUUUUAUCUCGUGCGUUUCCAUUAUGUGUGUGGUUGUGUAAUAGCCUGUCUUUUUGUCAGCUAAUUUAAAGUGUUACC